AUGGUUGUGCAGGAAGUUUGGGUCGUGAGACACGGGUAUCGCGAAGACUGGGUGAAUGACACGCCUUUUCUCCCAACAAAUCUGCGCAAUGAUCCUCCUCUCUCAGAACUGGGAAGAAAGCAAUCCCGAGAAGUCGCAAAGUACCUCAAAGACAAAUCCAUUAACCGCAUCUACUCAUCUCCCAUGUAUCGUGUCUUGGAAACAGUGUAUCCGCUAGUGGAAGAAUGCGAUAUACCUCUUUUUGUGGACUACAGUAUGGCUGAAUUCUACGGUAUUGCUCAUGGAUCCUAUCUCCCUGUGGCGCCCUUGACAGAAUUGAAGCAAUUCUUUCCCAAAUUGAACAUUACGGAUCACGAAUCCAGUAUCCCUUUGCCCAGUGGUGUCGAAACUGUCCAUGAAUGCCACCUGCGUGUCAAGAGGGGCCUGGAUAAGCUCGUGGCAGAUCUGGAUGCUGAAUCAAAUCCCCCUCACACAAUUUUACUAUCAGGCCAUGCAGCAUCCGCCAUUGCUGCUGUCAGAGCAUUGCUACGAGACUCCAACUACGCCGUGCGUUGUGGCACCUGCUCUCUGUCUCGUCUGGUGCGUCAGCAAGAUGGUACCUGGUCUCUAGUCGAAAACGGCAGUUGUGCCCAUCUCAGUGAUGGCGAACAGCGAUCUUGGAUGUUUGCUGGAGAUAUCCCUGACUACAACUAUGGCAAAUAA